ACACCCCCCCUCCCCGCCCACCUGGCCAGAUUCUUCUCUCAGAAGGGAAUUCACAGCUCACAUUCCUGGGCGGGAAGCAGGGGUGUCAGCACUUGUUUUUGCUCAGGCCUUCUUGCAUUCCUGAAAAGGAAAUCUGCCUCGCCACUGUUGCCUGGUCAUGCCAGGUGUGUGGUAGGGGUGGUGAGAGAGAGAGAGAGAGGGAGACGGAGAGAAAGGCAGGAAGCAGAGAGAGAGGUGAGAAGCAGCUGGCUCCAGUGGUUUGGGACCCUGCUACUUGAAUGAUUGCUCUCCUUAGCUGGCACUGUGGCAUCGACCAUCAGCUGAGGGACUGAUGCGAACAGCCCCCCUGGCUCAAACAGAAGGGAGCCAGCAAUUUUCAGUGCUGGGGCUCUGGACUCGGCAAAUCCCCUCACAGGCCCACGCUUGUCGACCUCCAGGGCACGCUGUCUUCCUACCAGGGCUGGGCACAAGCAGCUGUCUGGUAGGGGGUCGAGGUCCCUUUUAUCGGGAUGAGGGGCCCUGAGGAUGCACCAGGCCAGGCCGACAGCCCUGCAGAGGAGGAGCAGGAGGAGGAGGAGGUGUUGUGGGAGAAGAUUGAGAGUGUGCGGCACCAGCUGACCCGAUCCUUGAACCCAGCAAAGCUGACGCCCUACCUGCGCCAGUGCCGUGUGAUAGACGAGCAGGAUGAGGAGGAGGUGCUGAGCUCAUGCAGGUUCCCAUACAAAAGCAAUCGCACAGGACACUUGAUGGAUAUCCUUCGAUGUCGAGGAAAGCGAGGCUAUGAAGCCUUCCUAGAAUCCCUGGAGUUUUAUUACCCAGAGCACUUUACCCGGCUGACAGGGAGGGAGCCAGCGCAGCGCUGCUCUAUGAUCCUAGAUGAGGAGGGCCCUGAGGGUCUGACCCAGUUCCUCAUGUUGGAGGUGAAGAAGGUGAGGGCACAAAGGAAAGAGCACCUGGUGAGAGAGCACCAGUUAAAGGAGAAGAACCAGGCCCUGGAGGAGGAGCAGACCCGGCUGAGGCAGAGGCUGCAGGAGCUGCUGAAGGUGCAGGAGCGAUGCCAGAGGCUGCGGGAGGAGUGGGAAUCCAACAGCAUGGAGCUGCUGCGGCUGAAGGAUGAGAACUACAUGCUGGCCAUGCGCUAUGCACAGCUGUGUGAGGAGAAGAACCUGGCCGUGCUGCGGAGCCGGGACCUUCAGCUGGUGGUAGACCAGCUGAAAUGUAAAGUUAGCAGCCUGGAGGAGGAGUGCAGGCUGCUGAGGAAACAUGCGUCCGCUGCGCCCCAGCGAGAGGCAGAGGAACGGGGUCAGCCUGACACAGUGCCUGAGCUGCAGGCCGAGAACCAGAGGCUGACGGCCUCACUCCAGGAGCUGCAGAGCAUGCUGCAGGCAGCGAAUGAGGCCCAGGUGCCGGGCUCCCAGCGGAUCCUCCUGGACAUUCUGGAGCAUGACUGGAAGGAAUCACAGGAUGAACGGCAGGAGCUGUGCCAGAAGCUCCACUCCCUGCAGAACGAGCUGCAGUGGGCUGAGGAACUAAGGGAUAAGUACCUGCAGGAGGUGGAGAACCUGCAGCUGAAGCACCAGACUCUGCAGAAAGAUUGUGAUCUGUACAAACACCGGAUGAACACGGUGCUGUCUCAGCUGGAGGAGAUCGAGAAGGAGAGGGAUCAGGCUAUCCAGAACCGAGAUAGGGUGCAGCUGCAGUACUCCCAGAGCCUAGUCGAGAAAGACCAGUACCGCAAACGGGUUCGGGCCCUGGAGGAGGAGAGAGAUGAGCUUCGGAGCAAAUUCAGCCAGGUGGAAGGUGUGGAGAGCACUCUGGAGGCACAGCUGCAGCAAUGCCAAGGCAACCGGGAUGUGGGCAUGACGGUGGGCACCUCCUCCUACUCCCUCCGCUCCAACUUCAGCAGCACCUGGAGCCUGAGCGAUAACCCCUACCCCCUGGGGAAUGGAGUCAUGGACACGCUGGGUGUCCCCGCCAUCACCUUUCCAGGGGACUCCACGCACCACAGCAUGGAGGUGACUCCAGAAAGCGAGAAGGACAUUAACCGCCUUUCCACCUUCCCCUUCCCGCCCUGUGCUGGCUCCAUCCUCCGACGGCAGCGGGAAGAUGGAUCCGUGCCCUUCAAAAGCCUGUCCUGCGGGUCUUUUGGCAGCAUGGAGGACAUCACAGGGAGUGUGAGCACUACUGUUUCAUCGGCCGGUCUCUCCUCCCUUUCCAGCAGUGCGUGCACCAGGAUGAAGUCAGAGAUCUGCUUGUCCGCCAUCUCUGACCAGAAGGAGCUCAUCAGAUCCCUGGUGGUGCAGCUGUCUAGCAUGGAUCACCUGACCAACCCAGUGCCCCAGCACAGGGGGCUUGGAGGGGACAUCUCCAUCCUGGGGGGGAACAGAACAGGGAUUUAUGUCCAGUGGGUGAAGCCAGGUUCAGAAGCUGAGAGUACAGGACUGCGCGAGGGCUGCCGGCUCCUAGAGCUGAGAGGGACUUUGCCGAAUGGGCAGGUGCUGUCCCUGGAAAACUGCACACGGGAGGUAGCUUACCUGAGCCUGCUGCACUGGGAUGACCCAGCUGGUCUCAUCUUCUUGCCUGACAUGCAAGGGUACCAGCCUCUCAAGGAGGCCCUAGAAGAAGGGAAGAAAGUGACUGGAGACUCCUUCUAUGUGCGUACCAAUCUGACCUUCCUGGAGCAGUCUGACCCCUGCUCCCUGUGCGUCAAGUGUCGGGAGAUCCUGCAUGUCACUGACACCAUGCACAAGGGGCGGCUGGAGUGGUACUGUGCCCGCGUUGACCCCCUGACACUGCGGGACCUGGACAAGGGAACAGUGCCUAAUUACAGCAGGGCUCACCAGCUUUUGAAGGUACAGGAGAAAGGCCAAGUGCCAGGCUGGCAGAGGGGCUGCAGGAGUAAUCUGAAGAAACGGACCCUGGGCCAACUGCGGCUGGUGAAAUCCAAAUCGCCCGGGGAGCCUCCUCGGCAGCUGCUGCUGGACCCCUGCCCAGACCCAGACAGGAGCCCAAAGCCCUACAGCCUUGUGCGUCCCCUGGUGGUGGAGGCCCCUCGCCCGGUGGUGCUCUCCCCUGACUGCAUAGCCCCCAGGCUCAUCAGGAACCUGUUGGACCUGCCUACCUCGCGUCUGGACUUUCACCUGUGCCCAGCUGGUGAGCAGGAGCAAUCAGAGACCCUGGCUAAUGACGAGCCAGCUGCUACCCCUUCCCAGGAGAACUGUGUGGCUCCAGGUUCCCUCCAGGACCAGAGGGAGAGCAGGAGGAUCCGCACCAUCCAGGAGUGCAUCAGCAAGAAUAAACACUGCCUGCUGGAGCUGGGCCUCCAGAGGGUGAGGGAUCUAAUUAAAAGUGAAAUAUACCCCAUCAUUAUCCACGUGGAGGUCACCGAGAAGAACGUCAGGGGACUCAGGAGCUUACUGCAGAAGCCAGGCCAACGUGACUCUGAUGUGGUGAAGCUUUGCCAGAGCGCUGAACAGGCUCUCCACGCCCUGCCCUGCUCAUGGGCCUGUGUGGAUGCCCAGUCCUGGUGCCAUGCUGAGGAGCUGGUGAAAGUAGUGCGGCGCUGCAUCUUCCAGGAGCAGAACAAGGUCGUGUGGGUUGAGGAUGGCGAGCUGUGAUCCGGCAGAGCUGGGGCCGUGUCUUCAUGUCAGGAGGCUCCUUAUGGGGGAGUGGGGUGCUAGCUUCCUUUCCCAAGGGUGGUGCCUGGAGCACACUUGGCUUCUUUCCUUUAUCCCCAAACUGUUUCUGAAACAGCGUGCCACUUCUCCCUGAUCAGACGCAGUGGGAUGUCUUGCCAUCAGUGGAGCUCUGGAAGGACAAGGUGGCCCCUCAUGUGUCAGGGAGUUGAGCCCACUUCAGGCUGCUUAGAGACUGGCCAGGAUGGGGGUAACAUGCAGACUCAGACUCCUUUCCCCUCAUGUCCAGGUUUAGUGGAGGGAUUUCCUUCCCCUUCCCACCAAGAAUCCCCUCACAGCUUGCAGCCGCUGCUCCCCCAGAAGUGCUCUUGGCACCCAGACCCUCUGUAUGGCCUAGUCAUUUGGAGAAUCAGACAAGAGGGGAACAGAGAGAGAGGUGUGUGUGUGUGUGUGUGUGUGUGACUCUCUGACUUCUGCUUGCUCCAUUCCCCUGCCACCCCGUCUCCUUCUCCCCUUCCCCAUCAUGGCUCUCUAUGGCAUCCUGUCUACCUCAGCUGAUGUCCCGAUGGAAGCGGAGGUGGUACACAUGCCCCGCCACAGGCAGAGUGACACUACGUGGGGUUUGUCACGCAUCCUCAGUAGGUGGUAAUUGUAAUUGUUAUGGUGUAUAAAUUAUUAAUGGACCCUUUUAAUUGGAAACCUGUAUAUAAAAGAUAAUUAAAUACCAUUUAUAAUGGGAACGGAGGAGGGGCUGCUGCUUGCAUUAACAGCUGGCCUGGGGUGCUGUGGGAUUUCUCUCCUAUCCCUACCUCAUACGUCUCCUAACUUGCUCUCUCCCCUGCACAGUCCUUCCCAGCUCUCUCUCCAGCACAGACUCAGGCAGCUGGUUCCUCUCUGGGAAAGUCAGGGGAACAUUGAGGGUGCUUGCCCGGUUCUCCCAGAGCCUUUGUCCCUGUAGCUCUGGUUACCUCAGGGAGUCUGGGGCCUCCGCCAUCUGGGUCCUUCUCCAGGAGAACAAUAGGAGAGGAGGCUGCUGAAAGGCUGGGGCUUGCCUCACCCUUCGAACAGAGGCUGUGCUCACCCCACCGCUCUGACUCUGGAGCUGGCAUCAGCUGUGCCCGAAAUCCAGCCCCAUCCUGCCCCCUCCUCUCACAUGCUGAGGGAAAAGGAAGAACAGAGAAGCAGAGUGGGGAAGAGACAGACAUGAAGGGAAGGAAGGAGAGGAGUGGAGGGGGUCAGGAGUUGGUGUCUGUGCAGCACACUCCUGGGAGCAUGUCUGGUGUUAGAAGCACCCCUCCGGGAGUGAUAGCGCUCUCAGGCGUGCGGUUAGCUUGGAGAGCCCUCCCCCCAUCGGUGGCAGGGCUGCUUUGCAGAGCAAUUGCUGGCCGAGCUGCGGAGUCCUUCAGCACUUGGGAGAGGCUGGAUGCUUGGGGAGUGCCGGGGGACCUGCAGAGGUUGAAGGGGAGGGCGGACAGCACUGGAGCUGGUAUGUGCAGGCAGACACAAGGCUGGAGAAAAGUGUGGGCCAGGCAGUGCUGGGGCCCCCUUUCACAGCCCCCAUGCUAGGGGUGAUGGGGAGCAGCAUGAAGGGAGGAGAGCCCUGGAUGCAGGUCUGCUUGUCCCCAGGACUGGGACAGCGUGGGCUGGGAGGGGCAGAGAUCAGCAGAGGCUGAAUGCUUGUUGCUUUCGCAGGAUGUGGGAAAUGGGUCCAGGCAGAGGAUGGGCUAGACAAUGCCAAAGUCCCCUUUGUGUCCCCAUAACAAUACUUAGCCCUGAGCUAGUGCUUUGUGGUUUUCCAGCUCUGGGCAAAGAUGAACCUGCUGAUCCUCACAGCUCCCCUGGGAUGAGGUAAUUUGUUCUUACAUCAGUGCCUGCGUCUUUACCUACAGCCACAAAAACCUUGAGCAACCUCCUGGAGCGGUUCUGCAGUACAGAAUGUAGCCCAAGCAUUAGCCAGAGACUUCACCCUCGUCCAGACGUGUGCCCCCUCCACCCCCUCAGAACCCUCACCCCACCCAUUCCAACGACACCACUGCUGCCACCAGCGUGCUUCUUGCAAAGUGACCAGCCCAAGGGUGACCCCUCCUGGAGACUGCCCUGCUAGCAACCCCCUCCCACUGAAACAAGGGAGACGGUCGCUCAAGUGCCGCCAUUGAGUGCAGUUGUGACAGCACCACAGGACCCAGCCUGCUGAGAGAUUUUAGAGGUCAAAACCGACACCUUCCACUGCACCCAGGUGCUAACAGGCAGCCAGUGCAGCUCCUGGAGCAUUGGCGCCAUGGGGGCUGUCUGCGAGCCACCCCGUGUUUUCCCCAGGAAUUGAAAUUAGAGGUGUUCAAAUUUACAGGGGGGUGGGGUGGAAAAUGACUAAAUUGGCAACACUGCCUAUAACUAGUUGACCACUGGGGGGGGGCAGAUAGGAGAGUGUAGGGGGCCCAGGAUGUAGGGAAAUCCCUGACACUGAGUCAGGAUCUUCUGCCCCUGCUGAGGCUCCUGAGGCAUCUCCAGGCAAGGCACCAUAGAGCGUGCACUGCAGUAAUCCCCAGGCUGGCUAAUUAGAACGGUGCACCUCUGAAUGCCGUGGCUGUGCCCCCACCAAUCCGUGACAGACUGUGCUGCUGUUCAAAGGGUUCCACAAAUGCAGCCAUUGGGGAGCCUUCUACGAGAGCGAGGGAGACACUGGAGCUUCGGAGAUGUUCUUGUUAGGUGCAGAACAUAAACUGCCAUCGGGGCCACUGCUGUCACCUGGACAUAUGGCAGCAGAUGUGGAUGAGAAAGGACCCCAUAGAUGUAGGCGUUAUCCCCAUUUUAAAGACAGGGAAAUGGAGGCAAGGAUGAUGUCUAUAAGGUCACAAGGUAAGUCUGGCAGAGCUCGGAAUAGCACACUGGAGAGCCUGACCGCCUCUCAACACGACAUUGCUCUAACUACUAGACUGCACUGCCCCCUCUCCCAGGCUUCUUCUAGGAGUCAUUCCAUUCCCUCCUGGUU